AUUCCAACAGAUCCACAGAUCAGCCACCGCAGAUCGAAAAGCGACACACACACGCACACCAGAGCGAGUUAAUCCCCAAACAACCGGCGAGUUCCAUCAGCAGCUUCGAUCGACUCGGUGGUCGAUCGAUCGGGAUCGGCUCCACGAGACCACGAUGAUGAUGAAUCCGGAGCUGAUGCGUCUGGCGCAGGAGCAGAUGAGCCGCAUGUCCCCCUCCGUCCUCGCCAGGAUGCAGCAGCAGAUCAUGGCCAAUCCUGACCUAAUCAAGAUAGCAUCCGAGAACAUCAAGAACAUGAGAACCGAGGACUUCGAACGAGCCGGUCAGCAGCUGAAUCAAACAAGCCCAGAGGAAAUGCUCGAUAUGAUCGCAAAGAUCGCCAGCGCUAAGCCCGAGGAAUUCGCCGCCAUGAAGGCCCAGGCCGACGCCCAGAUGUCAUACGCGGUAUCUGGUGCCAAGAUGUUAAAGCAGCAGGGGAACGAGCUCCAUGGCCGCGGGCGGUACGCUGAUGCUGCAGCCAAGUACAAGCUCGCCAAGGAUAACUUGAAGAACAUACCAUUGGCAUCGGCGGCUGGGCAGACUCUGCAGUCGCAGUGCGCCGUUAACUUGAUGGCUUGUUAUCUGAAAACAGGGAAGUUUGUGGAAUGUGUAAAUGAAGGUUCAGAGGUUCUGAGUUACGACGCUAGCAAUGUCAAAGCGUAUUACCGGAGGGGCCAGGCCUACAAAGAACUAGGAAACCUGGAAGCUGCUGUUUCCGACUUGAGUAAAGCCCAGGGAAUUUGUCCAGAGGAUAAAACAAUUGCUGAGGUUCUGAGAGACGCUGAAGAAAAACUUGCAAUGGAAGGGGGUGAAGCGAACCUGCCAAGUAAAGGAGUUGUGAUUGAAGAAAUUGUAGAAGAAGAUGCUUCAGAGCCGUCAAGCACUGAUCAACGGAGUUCAUCUAGUGGGUACUCUGUUUCAGACCCACUUGAAGGAGCAGGAAACUCAGCACAAUCGGAGUCUUUAGAAGAUUUAAGAAAUGAUCCUGUUACAGUCAAUCUGCAAGAAGCCAUGAGAAAAUCUAUGAAAGACCCUGCAAUGCGGCAGAUGAUGGCGUCCACGAUGAAGAACAUGAGUCCUGAUCUGCUGGAGAUGAUGAGCGAGCAGUUUGGUAUGAAGCUGUCGAAGAAGGACGCUGCCAAGGCUCAACAAGCUAUGUCUUCAUUAUCUCAGGGCGAUUUAGACAGAAUGAUGAAUUUGGUGGAUAGAGCACAGCAAGGAGUAGAAAUAGCAAAGAAGACAAAGAACUGGCUGUUUGGCAGGAAAGGAUUGGUCCUUCCUAUUGCCAUGCUCGCCGUGGCCUUCAUUCUGCAUUGGCUUGGAUUCUAGAUCGAUCUUCUUUUUUGCGGGUAGACAAUCUAGUUAACUCUGUUGCUUUCUUCUUGUACCCGUGUUUAUUCUUACAAAAGUGUAAGACAUGAGGCAUUUAUUUGUAAAGUCACGGAAAGUAUUUGUUGUACUAGUAAGAUUCUGGUGUUGUUGAUUCACUGUCACACAGGGAACUUAA